UCAGGGUACGGAGCUGAUAUUACUUUAAUUGAACCACUGACUAUGGAGAAACUUAGCAUUGUGGUAAAAUACUGGAAAACAUAUUUCUCAAAUACUGUUAAGAAUGAAAGUUCUAUGAGACCUGAACAAUCUGGAUUUCCCCGGCAGAAGUCCUGUAGUGAACAGCUGGGAUGUUUUUCUACCGAUCUAUUUUCUUGCUCUGAGUCUCUAAGAAAGGACAUUGGGCUUGAAUUAAAGGAGCCAUUUUCUGAUUUUGAAACAAGCAAAAAGAUUUCUGUUCUUCAUUCAAGCAAGGAAAAACUGAGAAG